AGAAAAUCGCGGCCGGGGAUAAUUUCCGACAAACGAGGCAUUUUUUUUUCCUCCAGUCUAACAACAAAAUGGCAAUUGCUGUCUGAAAUACACCUCAUCUUGUCAUGUUUAUCACUGUGGGCUACCUCAUUCUUGCUGCCUAUCAAUGGUACAGAGACAGACUACGUCACUCAAUGAUCCACCGAAGUAUUUCAGCCUCUCUUCGAGUUGGAAGUGUUGUGGUUCAAAGAGUAAGCACGUCAAAUCAAAGCAAUAUGAAGCUGUCACUUAGCUGUUCCAAGCUUGUGGAAAAGCUGGAUAAUUUGGUCGUCACUGAAGUGUAUAAUGAUGAUGAUAUCUCUGUCUCACAAACCGUACCUAAGGUUCAUGUAAACUUGGAGAAAUGGACAGCAUACUGUCGAGAUAUCAGUCACACUCAGUUGACCGCAAGAGAUAAGGAGGUCACAGUUCUCCUGGAGUCUAUCCGUCCCGCUGAUCUUGAGACUUUUGCAGAGGAACAAGUGCACAUGUCCUCAAAAAAGUCAUUCCAUAUAUUGGAUCAUGGUCAUCCGCUGGCUUGGAAUACAGGUCCACCCUUUGGGAUUGUGAUGCAGUGUUCAGAGCCUGACUUCUUAGCUCUCUGUUUAUCAUUCAUGGAUAAUUGUAUUAUAAUGGAAGAAGAUCUACAAGUGAAUAAAAUUAUCAGUGUUCAAACAUCAGGGAAGGCAGCAAGCUUGAUUAACCUUGACCUUAGAGAGAUUCAGACCAUGGAGGACACAAGUAGCCAGUGGUCAAAUGAGUCCUUGGCCGACACUGCAAGUCUGGCCAAUCAUGAUGUUCUAGAAAGCUCCAGCCAAGAUUGGGAGGGGGUGGAGGCUGAAAACGGGAUAGACAUGGACAACUCAAACAUAGAGGAUAUGGACAUAGUGAUGACAGAAAGUGGGGCAGGGGAGGCCAUGUUCGACCCCGAUAAUCUCAGUGUCAUUCCACCCACAGCAUUGAAGUCUUCUAAACCUCCUAACAUCGUGGUGUAUUGUGGAAAGAAAGAUGCCAGUAGAAAGUUUCAGAAUCUGAAGCAAGUCUUGGAGCAAUGUGUGCAUAAUGACUGUUAUGUUAUUUAUCAUCUGAAGCACGAAGAUGUUCACACGGUGCCUUGGGCCGAAAACACCGCUCUGCUGGUACUGACAGAGGAGAACUUGUAUGACCAGAAUGAUGACAUCAUUUGUCGCUAUUUUGAAAGAGGCGGCAGGUUGAUCAGUUUCGGAAGUAACGUAGAUGCAAAUUUUGUGCCUAGAAGAGAACUCCACAAGGGAACUGGAAUUAGAAAUGUGAGCUAUGGAAAAAUUCAAAAUGUGCCUUUGUUGUGUGGGCGGUACUCGUACAUGAUUGACACGACUCGAACGGACAUAGCUGUGAAAGGAUUGGCUACUGAUGACAAAGAGCAGACUUUAGCAGUGGAAGUCACUCAGAAUGUCCCAGAACAAAUUCCUGGCAAAGCUAUACUGUCUCAGGUGUUGCUCGAUCAGGAUCCGACAGAUGUAGCCCUGACACAGGACUCGUUUAACCAGUUGAAAAAGUCAAAUCCUGCACGGUUUGAAAUUCUAACCCUCAUGUUAACAGGAAUGGGAAUCAAUUGUGAACAUGUGACCCAGCCUGACCUUUCACCUUGUUUUCUACUGGCUAAUGACCAAGUAAAUAAAGUGCGCCUCUUGAACAAAAUUGCACAGAGACUCAAAAAUGGUUUACUGAAGUCUGCCAGUGUCAGCCUACAGUUUAUUCCUAAACUGAUGCCAGAGGUCAAGGUCACAACGACUCUACUUCCUGUUGUCACAGACAAAAUGGAGGAGUUGAAGUACUUCAGUAUUGAUGAAUACUGGGACAAUUUGACAACAGCCAAAUUAGGAAAUGUUGUUCUCUAUACAGAUGUUGUCCCUUCAACCAUGCCAUUGCUAGAUGGCCUUCAGUAUUCUGAGCCUAAAACAGUUGGAUUGGUAGCCAUUGCUGGUAGACAAACUCAAGGACAAGGAAGAGGAGGUAAUUCCUGGCUGAGCCCUGAAGGUUGUGCAAUGUUUUCUUUGCACAUCAGGAUUGAGGGAGAAAAUCCAUUAGGACGGGCAGUAUCAUACCUCCAGCACAUCACGUCACUAGCUGUGGUAGAAAGUGUGCGAACCCUUCCUGGAUAUCAGGACAUUGACCUUCGUCUGAAAUGGCCUAACGACAUUUACUACAGUGAUAAGAUGAAGCUAGGAGGAGUGGUGGUCAGAUCGUCCUAUGUUAAUGGAGUAUGUGAUGCCAUUAUAGGAUGUGGUUUUAAUGUCAGCAAUACAAACCCUACAAUUUGUAUCAAUGAUGUGAUCAAGUUAUUUAACAAGGAACAGAGCACAUCUCUUCCAUUGUUGUCUAAAGAGAAAUUAAUGGCACGAACCAUUAACAUCAUAGAGGACAUCAUUAAUGAAUUUCAGAAGAAUGGACGUACAGAAUUCUGCAAAAAGUAUUAUCAAAGAUGGCUCCAUGGUGGCCACAAAGUGCAGUUAGAGACAGAGGGGGACAAAGUCUUUACAGUUCAGGGGGUGGACGAGUAUGGCUACCUUAAAGUGAUGUCAAAUGAUGGGCAGGUCAUCAGUGUGCAGCCAGACGGAAAUAGUUAUGACAUGAUGCGAAACUUGAUUCAUAUGAAAACACACUAAACUAGUUCCCCACAAACUUAUGGAUGUUUAUCUAUAUUCUUAUCAGGAUAGUUGGUUUUUUUUUUUGUGAUAUCAAAUUUUAAAAACAGGGUUUCCCUCAGUGCUAUUGACCCCUUGUCACAUUCUCAUCCUCAUUAGCACUUUAAUAAUAAUGAAUUAGUUCAAGUGGUUCAUCUCAAAAAUAGCCAAAACAAUAUACAUAGCUAAAUAGUAAGAUUUUAAAAUAUUGCUGGAAAAAAAUACAAGGGAAAUCAUGUAUAUCAUAACGUAAUAUGCAUCAUUUCUUAAGUUUUAAAUUUUUUUUUUCUUUUUUUCUUUUUGUUUUCUAUGAGUCAGUCGCAAAUUGAAGAAAGCCAAAAAAUGAAUUCCACAAUAUUUACUAGUAAGAGCAAUUCAAAUGUAAUCAGAAAAAUUUUAGCACUCUAUAUUAAAAUUAAUUUUUCCCCCCUUUAAAACUCGGAUUGAAAAAAAAAUUCAAAAUCUAUGCAUGUUAUGGUGUGAAUUUUUAAAAAUGUUACAUACUACAUUUUGAAAUAGAAAAUCUAACCUUCCAUCUUAUUAAUAAAGUACAGUGGCAUGGCCAUAGUUUCAUUGCAUUCUUCAUUCAUCAUAAACAGUUAUGCAAUAGAAUCUCCACCUUCCAUAUUCCACUUCGUGAUUGUUUGUUAUAGUGAUACACAGAAUAAAAGAAUGUAUUAAGUGUAGCAGGAUUUCAGGAUGUUUUGCAGCAAUUUUGUCAUUUCCAACAUUUGCAUUUGGUAUUUAUAUCUUUAUAUACUCCCCUUUUUCAUUAUUUAUAGUGUUUCACAGAAUGUACAUUUAUAUAUGUGUAGAAGGAAUUGAGAAUGUUUUGCAGCAAUCCGUGUCCAGUAUUUGUUUUUGGGUGUGUAUAAAUACAGUACUGUUGUUCAUAUUAGUCACUCAGGUGACUUUUGUUAUCUGUUUUUGUUUGUCCUGUUGGGUUAUGCAUCUGCUUGUCCAAGCAGAAUUGCUUUGCUGGUUUCAAGUUAAUUUCUCUAGAAGCAUAAUUUGGUUAAGGUGGAUUUUAGUAUAUGUAAAUAAAGUACCUUUCCAAAGAAACAAUUGAAAAAAGAAGGGAUGGAGUCAUUUGAAAAUCUUCUUCAAAACUACCUGGAUAGAAAGAACCGUCUGGAUAGAAAUUAGGGUUUGUGUUGUAUGAUGCAUUUAUAAAUGUGGUGUAUAAAUUGUUUGAGGAUAUAGAACAACAUCAACCUUGUUAAGGUGUCUCCUACAAGUCGCUGCAUGAUAUUCAGGUGACCUUUAAGGCCCAUGGGCCUCUUGUUAACUGUUGUGCCAUAUUUGUGUUUUUGAAGUGCUAUUGAAAACUUGCCUAGGAAGAAUAAAGUAUGCCAAAAAA